CAUCAAUCAAAAUCCAGCAUGGCCACAGCAGUCCUGUUCCAUGACGCACAGCUGUAUGACCGCGACUUGCGGCUUUUCACGACAAAUGCAUGGCUCAAUGAUGCAGCCAUCCAUUUCUACUUCACGGUGGUGUUCCAUACACUAUGUGGUGCACCCGGGGACGUUCUCCUCAUGGAUCCAGCUGUGGUCUCGUGCAUGAUGCUACAGUGCGACGACGACGAAGACUUAAUGGAUUUGGCCCAAGGGCUUCAACUCAAGGAGAAAUCGCUCAUAGUGCUGCCCGUAAACGACCGACGCAGUUUCGACUCGCAAGGAAGCCAUUGGGCGCUCUUGGUGUACUCCACCGCCCACGGGUUCCAGUUUUACGAUUCGAGUGCAGACCACAACUUCGACAGCGCUAUGGAAGUGGCAGGUGUGCUUGGACGCGCGUUGGGGUUGCCCACAGACUCUGUCGUCCGCAGCGUCCCCUGUCCCCAGCAACACAAUGCGUAUGAUUGCGGCAUGUAUGUGUGCAUGGUGGCAGAAUGGCUAUGCACAUCCCAUUGCAGCAAACAGUCCUUGCCCCUAGCCGAGUUUGUCACGCCCACCGCGAUUCAAUCCAAGCGACGGAACAUGCCUUCUAUCGUCGACCAACUCAAAUAACGAAAAUGAUAUAUAUCUUAAUUGGUC